GACAUCCUUGGCAUACACAUUGACAUAACCUUAGUUCUCUUUGUCUUGAAAAGUUACUUGACAUGUAAACGUUAAAUGCUACAAGCUAACACAUCCAUUAGAUCUCCCCUACAUUUGGCAAAAAGGAACAACACUCUCAAACUAAGUUUCUAUAUUACAUUGGCUAAGCAAUAUCCAUUUAUAGUACCCGCACUGCCGCACAUUUGCAGGUUUUCUUGAACCCAAAUUGUGAAGUGUUAUUAGCUAUGGAGAGAACUUGCUUGGGCAGUGAAGAUGACAAUUCUUCCUCAAGUGGGUUUUUAUGGCCUCAAAGAAACUACACUUGUAGUUUUUGCAAAAGACAAUUCAACUCAGCUCAAGCUCUUGGUGGUCAUAUGAAUGUUCAUAGAAGAGACAGAGCUAUGUUGAUACAAUUACCUUCAUGGGUUUUUGACUGUCCAAACCCUAACCCUAAUUUUCCUUCUUCAGCAUCUUUGUCUUCUUCAACAGCAACUUCAUCUCCUUCACAUAAUAAUGAUAAUAAUAACAAAAAAAUGUUGCCUUACCCUUAUUAUUAUAACAACUCUUCGCCUUUCGGUACUACUUCUUUCACUUUACCAUCAAAUAACCAGCAAAAGAAAUCAAAUCUUGAAUUUCCUCAAAGCGAAGAUUUAGCGAAGAAGAGGAUGAAGAAAAGCAUGAGAGCUGCCGUUGUAGAAGUUGAAGAAUUCAACAAGAGUAAUUUGUCCAGGAAAUAUGAGAGAAUUGAGGUUUUGAAGAACAAUGAAGUUAUAAGCUUGGAGCUGGAGAUAGGGUGCAAAGAUCCAAAGGAGGUUUUGGAUUUGGAGCUACGACUUGGUUGUUUUUAGUAGUUCAUCUUUGGUUUUUGGAUUUUAAUAUAAUUAAUUAGCUUCUUCUUCUUCUUGCAUUGCAUUUCUUUAUUAGAAGUUAAUUAAUUAAUAUUUGAUUGUGGGGUUAUCAAAGAUCAAACUGAAGGCUAAUUGAUGUUAAUUUGCAGAGAGUCUCACAAAUUAAUGAAGAUCAGUCACUACUCAAAGAGCUCAGUACCCUUCAAUUAAUUAAUUAGUUAAUUUUGUCUUAUCUUAUGUAAUUUAAUUUGAUUUUGUCUGUAUAUUAAUCUACAAUAUGCUUUAAUCCUGUUUAGGGAUGGUUUUAAUAUCA